AUGGAGCACUUUGACAGGGUCGAGGAGGUCUCAAAUAUUUCAAUCAACGCAGCCUCCUCGACCGAAGCCGGCCUUCAUUCACGAUCCGGGUCUGCGCCGUUCGUCAACUUCAACUCGAACAUCGAAGCAAAAAUCAAGAACCCGUCGGUGGGGAUUCCUCGGCGAGUCCUCCUCCAUAACGUCGACAAUUUCUGCCGCGAAAAGGAUCUGGGUGACCACCGCGACUUGAUUCGACGGGGUGCGCUUGUAGCACAAGAUCCCACCGGGUACGAAGACAUCACCGGGCCGCAAGCCCUCAGUCAAGGAGAGAUCGAGUCUCUCCGCGCCGAAGUCCUUCACAAGUGGCGGAUCCCAAAAGUCCUCUAUCUCACCAUCAUCACCUGCUCAAUCGGCGCCGCCGUUCAGGGAUGGGACCAGACUGGCUCCAACGGCGCAAAUCUCAUUUUCCCCCAUGUAUUCGGCAUAGGGAGCCCCAGCGUCCAUGACAAGAUGAUUGUUGGUCUCGUCAAUGCUGCGCCCUACAUCGGCACCGCUCUAGCCGGGUGCUGGCUCUCGGAUCCCAUCAACUCCCACUUUGGUCGUCGUGGCACUAUUUUUGUCGCCGCCAACUUUUGCCUCUGGCCAGUUCUCGCCAGUGCCUUUUGCAACACCUGGCAGCAGCUGCUUGGCUGCCGAUUGCUUCUGGGCGUCGGCAUGGGGACGAAAGCUUCCACGGUGCCCAUCUACGCCGCCGAAAACUCGCCCGCUCCUAUUCGUGGCGCGUUGGUCAUGAGCUGGCAGCUGUGGACGGCUUUUGGGAUAUUCCUGGGAACCUGUGCAAACCUAGCCGUCAGACAAGUAACUGCGGAUGCAUGGCGGUUGCAACUGGGCUCUGCCUUCAUUCCGGCUGUUCCGCUCGCGCUCCUCAUCUAUUUUUGUCCCGAAUCCCCCCGUUGGUACAUCAAGAAGGGUCGAUACAAGGACGCCAUGAGAUCGCUCAUGCGGCUGCGGAACACGCCUAUUCAAGCGGCGCGAGAUUUGUAUUACAUUCACGUCCAGCUUCAGGUGGAACACCAAUUCAUCGGACACGGCGACUACUUGAAUCGAUUCGCCGACCUCUUCAAGAUCCCGCGAAUCCGUCGAGCUACCCUGGCGUCCUUUGUUGUCAUGAUUGCGCAGCAAAUGUGCGGUGUCAACAUUAUUGCCUUUUAUUCGGCCGACGUUUUCACCUCGGCUGGGGCAAGUCAAUUUCAAGCUCUGCUGGCCACUUGGGGGUUUGGCCUGAUCAACUUUUUAUUUGCCUUUCCAGCUAUUUGGACCAUUGACACGUUUGGGCGCCGGUCCCUCUUGCUGUUUACCUUUCCCCAAAUGGCGUGGACGUUGCUCGCUGCCGGGCUAUGCAAUCUGAUCCCGGGAAUGUACGGCUUGCACAUGGGCUUGGUAGCUCUCUUUGUGUACUUGUUUGCGGCAUUCUACUCGCCCGGCGAAGGCCCUGUUCCCUUCACCUACUCGGCCGAGGUGUUUCCCCUGUCUCAUCGUGAGGUCGGCAUGGCCUGGGCGGUGGCAACGAACCUGUUUUGGGCAGCAGUUCUUUCCAUAACAUUCCCUCUCAUGCUCGACCGAAUGGGCGUUGUGGGGACGUUUGGGUUCUACUCGGCCCUCAACAUUGCGGCUCUGGUGAUGAUAUUUCUGUUUGUCCCUGAAACGAAGCAACGAACGUUGGAGGAGCUGGAUUACAUUUUCGCCGUGCCUUCACGAGUGUUUAUGCGCUAUCAACUCACCGAGGCGCUUCCCUGGUGGAUCAAGCGAUGGGUUCUGUUCCAAAGGAAUGCGGCCCUGAAACCGCUUUAUACGCUGGACGUCGCAGAACACCAGGAGGAAGACGAAGAAGACGGCUACGACGGCAGCGACACGGCAUUUGAAACCGACAAGGCCAGAGUUGAAAUGAAGGACGUCGCAGGAUAUUCGACAAACAUGAGUGCGACGGCAGGCUCGAUCCGCCGAAGCAGCAGCAGAUGA